CCCACACCUCGUUUCCCUUCCUCUCUCUCUAUCUCAGUCCCCCAGUCACGCUUUUCUCUUCCUUUCCCACUUCUCACCAUUCAUAGCUUGACCUCUCGGGUUUUGCUCAUCUUGCCGCCUCUUUGGUCGUGCUUCCAUUCCUUCUCAUUUCCCCGUUGACCACUUACUCGGCCCCUCACCACCGCUCGAGAUAGCAAGUUUCUCUCUCUCCUAAACACAUUCACAUUGACCAGAGUCAUUCAUUCCAACAUCUUCCUGAACCAGCCAGUCCGGUUCUUUCGUGACUUUACUGCCCUCCCACUCUUUGCGCAAACCAGUUUUGCCGCAUUUGCCCCUCAAUUACUUCGACUUGCCAUCUUUGGCCCUCUCUCCCCCGGUUUUCACUCAAGACAGCUUUGAGAGCAGUCAGGUGCGACCACGACAUAGCCCAAGUUCUCUGAAAGACUGGAUCUUUCUCACUCGCACAGCGAGGCUACAGUAUUGCACAACCUUGUUGCCGAAUUUGGCCCAUUACGGACUUUCACUAUAGCGAUCAGCAACAUGACUACAUCUCACUGAUCGAACGCACAUUUGCCGGCUUCUGAUUGCCUCCAUCGGUCUCGCCGCAGGCACCACUCGUUCACCUGGGACCUGUUUUUUCCUCUACCAUCUCUCAACUGAGGCCACUUGCGCCAUGGAUCGCCCUUCCAAUCGGCGGGAAGAUUCUCAGAAAAAUAAUACCGAUAAUCGCUUCCACUAUCCCCAGUACAAACCCAGCAAAAUGACUCCACAGCCACAACCCUCGCCAUACAGUCAAGCGUCACAGUACUCCCAGUUUCCCCCACAUCCGUCCGUUCGUCCUCCACCAGGAGUAAAACUUACUGCCCGUCAAGUUCCCGCUGGUGUAGGUGUGGCACCAACCCCAACCAGAGGCGACACACGAGAACGCUCUCCGCCUCAGAGAUCCAAUGGUGACGGGAUCCUCGUCCAGGACUUCCGCUUUCCCGUCGCUCGACCACCAGUUCCUUAUACAGGCUCCUCCACAAUUCGACAAUCUCCGGGGCACCAAUCCCCAGGCAGAAAUGCCAACACUCACGAAUCAUACAUGUCCUCAGUAAUCGGAGACUUUGUCACCCCAGGCACGACACCAGGCUCCAGAUCUCGCGGGUGGCCUACACCCAGACGCUAUUCAGGUUCUGUCUACGCCGAAAGCGAAGCCCUCGGGGCAGAUGAGCGUUAUCAGCACGACGUCAGCUUAGAGAAAAGCCCUCCCAGCUCUCCUGAGCCUUCGCCACAAGUUCUCCGUCAAGCUAGUGUCGGCAAGCGAGCUAGGCCCGCUGUCACUACUAUCAAAACCCGAAGUAGUCACGCCGAACACGACCCAUCUGGAGAGGCCAUCCCCCCCGUAAGCAGAAAUGCAGCAAUGGCAGCCCUCAGCGCAGCCAUAGCUGCAGGUGUGGGCAAAGCACCCAUAGAUAUCCGAAGUGAAACCCCAGGCUCGAGAAGUUACACUCCUGUGAGGAUGCCCUUCGACUCCUCUCCGCCGGGAUCUCCCAACGCCGACCGAGAAUUUCUACGAACUCCCAUCACUCCAACGACUGUGGCUUCUACAAUGGUGCUGGCGCCAAAGCCAGGCUCCUCGCACUCGGGCAAAUCCACCAAUGCUCUCUUAGGCUUGGGCAUCGAACAGCCGUCCAUGAGCAACAAAAUACCCCCAAACCGCCGACCGCCCAAGCUCGACAUCGAUGCUGUCAGAGAAGCUGAGAAUCGUGGCAGCACAACCAGCUUGUCAGAUCUCAUAAAGAGAGCCACGAGGCUCGCUGCCAAUCUUGACAAAGGUCGGACCGCCAGCCGUCUGGGCAUGUUGGACAUGUUUGGCAGUCAGGAGAAGCUGAACGGCAAUAAUCGUCAGUCGACCAUGUCAGAUAUGAUUUCGGCGUUUCCUGCUCCCGCAGCUGGGAACACUCCUACCAAUCGUGGUGAUACCCAAUGGCCGCUGGGCGAGAAAGGAGAGGCUUGCGCCUCCACGACCGAUAUGUCCAAGCCCACAAAUCAACGUCGAAAAUGUUGUGGCCUUUCACUCCCUGUUUUCAUCGUCAUUCUCAUCGUUGUCGUGGUUUUGAUUGCGGCUGCUGUGCUGGUACCAAUCUUCCUGAUUCUGGUUCCACGACAACAGCGUCAGGCCGAUGCUCUUUCACAAUGUGCUGCAUCUUUCCCAUGCAGAAACGGUGGCAUGAGUAUUGUGAGCAAUGAUUCUUGCAUGUGUGUUUGUUCUGGAGGCUUCAUCGGAAGCCAAUGUACAACAACUGGCAAUGCCGCAGAUUGUACCACGCUCACCCUCAACCAAGAUAAUGUCGAAUACACAAACGCUACCGUUGGACGUUCUCUCGUACCCGUUCUAUCACCUCAGAACCGUUUCGGUGUCCCAUUGAACGUUUCGACGAUCCUAUCCCUAAUCUCAAACAAAGACUUGACCUGCUCAAGCGUAAAUUCACUUGUCAAUUUCAAUUCCACCGUCGUCAAUCAAGACAGGAGAGCAAAAAGAUUUAUCAUCUUGCCCGGCUGGGGCCCCCGCGUACAAGAUGAACUCCCUGCAUCCGAGGUCAGACCUGCGCCACCAAAGAUCACUGACCGGGCGGCAUAUGCCGGGAACCUGCGUCUUGAGAGACGUCAAGAUGGAGUCACGGUUGGCACCUCCAAUGGCAUUGUCUUCCAAGCCACUUCUUCGACUUUGGAUGGAGAUACAAGCUCACCCACCACGGCGGAAUCUUCAACAGCCACAAGUCUCGACACAGCUGCCCCCACAGACACCCCGACAUCAACGUCAUCUAAUGGGCCUGACGAUACCGACACACCCUCUCCUGUGAUCUCAAACAACAUGACGGACGAGCAGAUGGAGUUUGCCCAAGUUGUGGUCAUGUAUGUCUUUCAAGAAUCUCGGGCUGUCAGCGUCGCCGUCAAUGCUCAACAGGAAAUCGAGACCUUUUUCGCAUUGCGCAAUGUGACCUCCUCUGAUGAGACUGAUCUGGAUGUCACUCUCAAAUAUGAUGACGUUCAGUUGACCGCAAAAUUUGGCGAGUUCGAUCUAUUAUUUGCCAAUUCUACCAAAGUCAACUCCAGGAGAUGAUGUGUCUCCUCCGAUCUUUUUCUCUUGCAUCGGUUCGGCGUCAAUGGAAAAGGGAAAUUAACUUAUUCAUGAAGAAGUGUACGAGUACUUUAUCUGUUGGUACUGCGAUGCUAGAUUGGAUAUCAGGCUGUAUGUGGCCACCAGUUCCCAGAGAUCUGAUGCGCCCACGCGGACGGGGCCUACCUCUUUUUAGUCGCUUGUUCAUAUCCUCCAUGCCUCGUCCACGAAGCAAUAAAUAAAGUUCCAG